UUCGUUAACAAUUUUCGAUGCAAACACGAACGAGGGCCCGAAAUAAAUAAUCAAGUCAACGAAUAAAUCAUUCAAACAAUUAUUUUUCCGGCUAUCAAUUGCCAAAUUUGAAAAAAAUAUUAGCAGCUAACUUUUCGACGGCGCCGCGCGAAUAGUUUUGACAUCCCCUUUCUACAUAAUUCCAACAACACACGCUCAUUUUGUUAUAACCAUUUAUGGUUCUUAAAUAACCAUUUUAUGAUAUUUACUUCAGAACCGUCAAUAUGGUUAUUUUGCAACAAUUUUUCUAGAAAGAAUUUUAACCAUUUUGGCAGUUUUCGAGUAUUAACCAGAAAAUGGUUGAAUAAUUUGAUAUCGCCAUUUUGAAAGCGGUAAUUGCAGUCGGACGACCAUAAAGCAAAUUUUUUUCUUCCGCGGAACAGCAUCCAGUUUCCAGAAAAAUCGGUUCUGGAAAUCGUGGAAACUUCGGAUUUGUAGGAGAUGGAGAAAGGAUCGGUAUCCGGUGAUGACGCCGGUUUAGGCACGGCAGAUACACCAACAACAUUCAAUAGGACGAGGACUUACUCACCGGUCCAUCGUUACCAGCCACAGCUAAUGGAAGUACAACAGGAAUUGUGUUUCACACCAUCCGGAAGGAGCUGGAACGGGUCGGAAUGUAUGGAAACCUUCAGAUUAUUCGCCAGACUCCACCCUCACCCCGUUAAGGAUAGCAGACUAGUGAAUAAUGGAUUGGCCAUUCCGCAAGAGCUCGUUUCCACCCAUCCCGGUAGCACUCGUGGGGGAAUUUUACUUUUGCUACCAGGUGAUUCGGCUACUGUUUUGCUUUAAUUAAAAGGCUAUCAAACUAUUAUAAUGGGCCAUAGUUUAUAAGUAUUAUCAUAAUGUAUAAGAAAUAAAAUUACUAUCCUGAUGACUCUUGUUUUUCUUAAUUCCUUCGACAAUUGUUAUCAAUUUUACAAAUUGCAUAAAACAGCUCUUGCGGUUGAAAAAUAAUCAUUUUUCAAUU